ACAAGUUACAUGUUGUUUAUUGUGUUAUAAAUAUGAAUGAUGUUUACCAAUAACUAAACUUUCCUUUUGUUAUAUCAUAAUCCAAUCCGGAAUAGAAGAAGCAAAUAUGAUAAGCAGCAGCAGAUUUUACCUCUGUCUGUUUGUAUUCACAGCCUGUGUAUUCUCCACACAAACAUCAGACACCAUCAAUGCAUCCCAAACAGUGAGCGACAGCAACGACGACAGCCUUGUCUCAUCAACGGGAGCCUUCGCCUUGGGGUUUUUCAGCCCCGGGAGCUCCAAGAACCGCUACAUCGGCAUAUGGUACAACAAGAUCGAAGAAAAGACCGUGGUGUGGGUCGCCAACCGAGACAAUCCACUCAUCGACCGAUCAGGCAGGCUCGUAGUCAUCCAACCCGGCCGUCUCCUUCUCCUCAACGCUACUAAUGCUACUAUCUGGUCUGCCAACAUAUCAACAGCCACUGCACAGGCUCCACUCGCGCGUUUACUCGACACCGGGAAUCUCGUCGUGACAGAUGCAAACGAUGCAAAUGACUUCGUCUGGCAGAGCUUCGACUAUCCAACCGAUACUUUCUUACCAGGCAUGAAGCUUGGUAGGAACUUCGCCACGGGCCAUGAAACCUACAUCGCGUCAGCGAAGAACAGCGACGACCCUGCAACGGGGGAAUUCACGUACCACUGCGAUCCCAGUGGCUACCCGCAGACUGUGAUCAAACAGGGCUCCUCUGUCCGGUUCAAGACAGGGCCGUGGAAUGGUGUCCGGUUCAGCGGGAGCCAGAACCUGGUCAAGAACACGAUUUUCUCGUUUGGCGUUGUGAUCAACGAAGACGAGGUUUACUAUCACUACAAUCUCCUCAACGACUCUGUUUACAUGAGGUUUACGCUGAGCGAGAGUGGCGUUGGACAGAGGUGGCUUUGGUCGUAUCAAACCCAAAGCUGGAUACUCUAUCUUACCAUUCCCAGUGAUAACUGUGAUAUUUAUAGAGUGUGUGGUGCCAACGGUGUUUGCAAUACUAGAACUACGCCUGAUUGUUCGUGCUUGGAUAAUUUCAAGGAUGGUGGAGAUUCUUCGGAUGGAUGCAUUAGAAGAACCGCGUUGAACUGCCAAGAAGGAGACGGUUUUCUCAAGUACACUGGCAUCAAGUUACCAGACACGGAGCGUGCCUUGGCUAACGCGACUAUGAGACUUCAAGAAUGCAGGGUUGCUUGCGCCACAAAUUGCUCAUGUACAGCCUACGCGUCUCUGGAUAUCAGCAACGGUGAAACUGGAUGUCUACGCUGGUUUGGUGACCUUGUCGACAUGAGAGAUAUAUCACCUGGACAAGAUAUCUAUAUUAGAAUGGCAAAAUCUGAAUUAGGCUCGGGGAGUACGAAAAGGAAAACACUCGUUGUCGCGUUAUCAGUAGUAAUGGGAAUUCUUUUGCUGGGACUGAGCUUGUUUCUUUAUUCCCAGAAAAGAAAGAAGCAAAAUCAUCAGCAGCAAGAAAGUGAGAUGGAUAUCCAAUAUCCUAACGAGAGCCAUGAGGAGCUAGAGCUACCGAUGUAUGAUAUAUCCACAAUAAUAAAAGCUACUGAUGAUUUUUCAGCCAACAAUAAGCUCGGGGAGGGCGGAUUUGGACCGGUUUAUAAGGGAGUGCUGGAGGGACAGGAAGUUGCUGUGAAACGACUAUCAAAAACGUCUGUUCAAGGACAAAAUGAGUUUAAGAAUGAAGUAAUUUGUAUUGCAAAACUUCAGCACCGAAAUCUAGUGAGGCUUCUAGGAUGUUGCAUUCAAGGAGAAGAAAGGAUACUUCUCUACGAGUACAUGACCAACAAAAGUCUCGACUUAAUACUUUUCGGUAUGAUUUUUCCACAUUUUGCGUCCAACUCAAUUGCUCUAGCAUUACAGCGUAUUUUGUUCGCUUAUUUUGCAGAUCAAGUCAAGAAAAAGAUGCUAGAUUGGCCGAGGCGCUUUAACAUUAUUAAUGGUAUUGCUCGCGGGCUUAUGUACCUCCAUCAAGAUUCUCGUCUCAGAGUCAUCCACAGAGACCUCAAAGCCAGCAAUAUAUUACUAGAUUCGGAUAUGAAUCCCAAAAUAUCAGACUUUGGUCUUGCAAGAACAUUUGGAGGCAACGAGACGGGAGCCAACACAAGCCGAGUAGUAGGAACAUAUGGAUACAUGUCUCCCGAGUAUGCUGUAGACGGCAUGUUUUCAGUGAAAUCAGAUGUGUUUAGCUUUGGAGUACUAGUGCUCGAAAUCAUCAGCGGCAAGAGAAACAGAGGAUUCACUCUGAUAGAUCACCGCCACAACCUUCUUGGACACGCAUGGAUGCUUUACAAAGAAGAAAGGUCACUUGAAUUAGUCGACAAUGGUGUGGAGUGUUCAAGUUAUAUAUCUCAGGUUGUGCGAUCAAUCCAUGUCGGUCUUUUGUGCGUGCAAGAACAGACAGAAGUGAGACCGAACAUGUCUUCAGUGGUUCUGAUGCUCAAUAAUGAUGGGGUGCUGCCUGAAUCCAAGCAUCCCGGCUUCUUCACUGGAAGAGAUGUAAAUGCAAAUGAAACUUCCCAUAGCUCCAACACUGCAAGUUCUGGUAAUGCAAUGACCAUAUCGCUGCUAGAGGCUCGUUAACAAAUUCAAUGAAAAGUUAUAGAUUGCAAAAGGGGAAGCUGUAAGGUGUCGUCAACAUAUUUGACACAUCUAAAUCAAUUUAUUUGAAACCUGAUAUCAGCUAAAUUUUUGUUUUAGCUAAUAGAAUUUCCCA